AGUAGAGAUCACAUAGCCGUCGUGUUGCUCGUCAUCGUAGUUAUCGUCGCUGAUUCACCAAACAAAACGCUCUGUUUUACAGGACUCUCCUUUCUCGUUACUCUCUCUUUCUCUCUCUCUCUGUUCCAGUUAUAUUGAGAACGAGUCACUUUUUAUUGCUCCCUCCAUUCUUCGCUCUCUCUCUCUCUGAAAUUGAAGAAUCAGAUCAUUGAUGGCCCUUACAGCAGAUUUCGUUAAUCCCAGAGAUGUUUGCAUCGUGGGUGUUGCACGCACUCCAAUGGGUGGCUUUCUCGGAUCUCUCUCAUCUUUACCUGCCACAAAGCUUGGAUCCAUAGCUAUUGCAGCUGCUCUCAAGAGAGCAAAUGUUGACCCGUCUCUCGUCCAAGAAGUUAUCUUUGGCAAUGUUCUUAGUGCAAAUUUGGGUCAGGCUCCUGCUCGUCAGGCUGCUCUAGGUGCAGGAAUCCCCAACUCCGUUAUCUGUACCACAGUCAAUAAGGUUUGUGCAUCAGGCAUGAAAGCGGUAAUGGUUGCUGCUCAAAGUAUCCAACUUGGGAUCAAUGACGUAGUCGUGGCGGGUGGCAUGGAAAGCAUGUCUAACACACCAAAGUAUCUGGCAGAAGCAAGGAAAGGAUCUCGAUUCGGUCAUGAUUCUCUAGUGGAUGGAAUGCUAAAAGAUGGAUUAUGGGAUGUCUAUAACGACUGUGGGAUGGGAAGUUGUGCAGAAUUAUGCGCUGAGAAAUUUCAGAUCACGAGGGAGCAGCAGGAUGACUACGCCGUUCAGAGUUUUGAGCGUGGUAUUGCUGCCCAAGAAGCUGGCGCCUUCACAUGGGAGAUCGUCCCGGUUGAAGUUUCUGGAGGAAGGGGUAGGCCGUCAACUAUUGUUGACAAGGACGAAGGUCUUGGGAAGUUUGAUGCUGCAAAAUUGAGGAAACUCCGUCCGAGUUUCAAGGAGAAUGGAGGCACUGUAACAGCUGGAAAUGCGUCCAGCAUAAGUGAUGGUGCAGCUGCCCUUGUCCUAGUGAGUGGAGAGAAGGCUCUUCAGCUAGGACUUCAAGUAUUCGCAAAAAUUAAAGGUUAUGGUGAUGCAGCUCAGGAACCAGAGUUUUUCACUACUGCCCCUGCUCUCGCAAUUCCAAAAGCCAUUGCACAUGCUGGUUUGGAAUCUUCUCAAGUUGAUUAUUAUGAGAUCAAUGAAGCGUUUGCCGUUGUAGCACUUGCAAAUCAAAAACUACUUGGGAUUACUCCGGAAAAGGUGAACGUAAAUGGAGGAGCUGUCUCCUUAGGACAUCCUCUAGGCUGCAGUGGGGCCCGUAUUCUAAUCACAUUGCUCGGGAUACUAAGGAAGAGAAACGGCAAGUACGGUGUGGGAGGAGUGUGCAACGGAGGAGGAGGUGCUUCUGCUCUUGUUCUUGAACUCGUUUGAUGCAUAAUGAAUCCAGGUUGGUGAAGUAAGUAGACGUAUCUAUUCUCUCUUCCAACUUCCAAGAGUCGGUAAUUGCACUUCAAGUUUCUCAAUAAAAGGGAGUGAUCAGUUGAGGUUGCAAGUCUUUUUAAUUGUUAUGAAUUCGGCUCUGUUUCUUGCUUGGUAGCAGACAGUUCUAAAUUACGAACCCGAUUUAUCGUAGUAGUUAAUGGUUUGUCCCGAUGUACUGUUUGGAAAUUGAUUGAAACGUCAGAACGUACGUUUACGUAA